AGCCCUAAACCCUGCAACUCCACUUCACUCUCUCAACCCCUGCACACUCGCUCAGCCACUGCACGCGCUCGCUCACAGUCACAACAACACACUCAUCUCUAAUGGCGAACCUAUGAAACCCUCACCAAUUCAAAACUCCACGAAACUUCUUUCCCCUUCUUCUAUGGCUUUUGCCUCUGCUCUUAGGGUCUCAUCCAUUCUUAGGUACCGUCUCUCUCCGCCCCUUGCUCCGACAAGCUUGUCUCGGCUCCGGCAGAGCUUCUCAGGGAACCGUUUUCUCUCCGCUAGUCCCCCCCACAAACUCCGGCUUGUCAGAGCUCGACGCCGGGAUGAGGCGGUGCAGGCGGGAAUAGAUGAGAAUGGGGGAGUCGCGGUGAGAGAUAGAAAUGACAAUGAUGGAAGGGUUGCGCCUACGGCAGCUCCCAAGGAGGCAACUGAAGCUUAUAUUGCUUAUGCCAUGUCUGUGUUGCUUGGUCGCGCAUUGCCUGAUGUUCGUGAUGGCUUGAAGCCGGUGCACAGAAGAAUUCUAUUUGCAAUGCAUGAGCUUGGCCUUUCAUCACGUAAACCAUUCAAGAAAUGUGCAAGAGUUGUUGGAGAGGUUUUGGGAAAGUUUCAUCCUCAUGGAGACUCUGCUGUGUAUGAUUCGUUAGUAAGAAUGGCCCAGGAUUUUGCCUUGCGCUGUACACUAAUCCAAGGACACGGAAACUUUGGAACAAUUGAUGCAGACCCUCCAGCUGCCAUGCGUUACACAGAGUGUAGAUUGGAAGCACUUACUGAAGCAAUGCUGUUGGCAGAUUUAGAACAAGAUACGGUGGAUUUCGUUCCAAAUUUUGAUGAUACACAGAAAGAACCAUUAGUUCUACCUGCCCGACUCCCAACCUUGCUGUUGAAUGGUGCUUCAGGGAUUGCGGUUGGCAUGGCGACCAAUAUCCCUCCUCACAAUCUUGGAGAAUUAGUAGAUGCACUCUGUGUUUUGAUUCAUAAUCCAGAAGCUACUCUACAAGAGUUGCUGGAAUACAUGCCUGGACCUGACUUUCCAACAGGAGGGAUAAUUAUGGGAAAUUUUGGGAUCUUAGAGGCAUACCGUCGUGGUCAAGGACGGGUUGUUGUAAGGGGAAAAACUGAUAUUGAGAUGCUUGAUUCUAAAACAAAACGGUCUGCAAUAAUCAUAAAAGAGAUUCCUUACCAGACAAACAAGUCUGCCUUAGUGGAGAAGAUUGCCGAACUUGUGGAAAACAAGAGUUUGGAGGGAAUAAGUGAUAUCCGGGAUGAGUCUGAUCGUUCUGGAAUGCGUGUAGUUAUUGAGCUUAAGCGGGGAUCAAAUUCAUCAGUUGUUUUGAACAAUCUUUAUCGAUUAACAUCUCUUCAGUCCACAUUUAACUGCAAUAUGGUGUGCAUAGUAAAUGGGCAACCUAAACAAAUGGGGCUGAAGGAAUUACUCCAGGCGUUCAUAGACUUCAGAUGUUCUGUUGUUGAGAGACGUGCAAGGUAUAAGCUUUCACGAGCACAAGAGAGACAGCAUAUUGUUGAGGGUAUUGUUGUUGGGCUUGACAAUCUGGAUGGAGUUAUUCAUGUUAUUCGUGAAGCUUCAAGUAAUUCAGUUGCAUCGGCUGGUCUUAGAAAUGAGUUUAACCUAUCUGACAAACAAGCUGAAGCCAUAUUGGACAUUAGUUUGAGAAGACUGAGCCUUCUUGAGAGGAGAAAAUUUGAGGAUGAAAGUAAAUCUUUGACAGAACAAAUUUCGAAGUUUGAGGAACUGUUAUCUAGCAGGAAAAAUAUACUGGAGCUUGUAGAACACGAAGCUGUUGAGCUGAAAAACAAAUUUGCUAGUCCAAGGCGUUCAAUGUUGGAAGAUGCAGAUAAUGGUCAACUUGAAGACAUUGAUAUUAUUCCAAAUGAAGAAAUGAUAUUGGCACUUAGUGAAAAAGGUUAUGUCAAGAGGAUGAAGCCAAGCACCUUUAACCUUCAAAACCGUGGAACAAUUGGCAAAUCAGUUGGAAAGUUGAGAGUGAAUGAUUCAAUGUCUGACUUCCUUGUUUGUUCUGCACAUGACCACGUCCUUUAUUUCAGUGAUAAGGGAACAGUUUACUCAGCUCGUGCUUAUAAAAUUCCAGAAUGUAGCCGGAAUGCUGCUGGCACCCCACUUGUUCAACUUAUAUCUUUAUCUGAUGGGGAAAGAAUAACAUCAAUUAUUCCUGUGAGUGAGUUUGCUGAAGAUCAGUUUUUGCUGAUGCUUACAAUGAAUGGCUAUAUCAAGAAAGUUUCCUUGAAUUCUUUUUCUUCAAUCAGAUCAACCGGAAUCAUUGCAAUUCAGUUGGUUCCAGGUGAUGAGCUGAAAUGGGUUCGUCAUUGCACAAAUGAUGACCUUGUAGCUAUGGCUUCACACAAUGGAAUGGUUACUCUAAGCCUCUCCAGCAAUAUUCGUACACUAAACAGAAAUACAAGGGGUGCACUGGCAAUGAGACUAAGAGAAGGGGAUAGAAUGGCUAGUGUGGACAUUGUACCAGCAGCUAUGUGGAAUAAGUUGGAAAACUUUUCAGGAGCCCCUCGGAGCAAAGCAAAGGGUAUAAAUGGCCCAUGGUUGUUGUUUGUGUCUGAAAGCGGUUAUGGGAAGCGGGUUCCAUUGAGCAGUUUUCGCCCAUCGCCUCUGAAUCGGGUUGGUUUGAUAGGAUACAAGUUUUCUGCUGAAGACCGCUUGGCUGCAGUUUUUGUAGUAGGAUUCUCAUUAUCAGAGGAUGGUGAAAGUGAUGAACAAGUGGUUCUUGUGAGUCACAGUGGUACUGUGAAUAGAAUUAAGGUCCGGGAUAUUUCAAUACAAUCUCGAUUUGCAAGGGGAGUUAUUUUGAUGCGGCUUGAUCAUGCUGGAAAGAUCCAGUCAGCUUCCUUAAUUUCAUCAUCUGAGAGUGAGCCUGAGGAAGUUGAAGCAAUAUCUCAAGCCUAGUUGUUGACAAUCUGACGUGUAGUUUUGCUCUUCAUGAAAUGCAGUUUCUUGAUCCUGAAGCUAGUGCAUGGAAAUUUAACAUUUCGGCCGAUAUUGUUGGAGCUUUCUUCAUUCUUCUGCAUAUGUAAUUUUUUGUGAUUGGAAGGUGAUGAGGAAGGUUUUUGAAUUACUUUCAUGCCUGUAGUGUAGGUGGCUGAAAAUUAAAAUUAAGAAAUUGAAAUUCCCUCUUGUAUCACUGUUGUCGGUGUAAAUCAUAUAUCAGAUUGCUAUUAGUUGUGGCCAAGCUAUGGUAUUAAAGGUUUCAAUAUUCAGUUACUGUUUAA